AUGUAUAACUCUUCGGGCAUGUCUGGGCACGACGAACGGUUCAUCUCUCAAAGUGGCAGUCGUGGAGGGACGGGCGCCACCUACUCGGCCUGCAAGUCUUCCAUCGGUCCGGAGUCUUCUUUGCCUGGUGCAUCCAGCGAGGCCCCCAAAGUCGCCCCCAGUCCAAGUCGCAUCCGUCGGCGCAACAGAGCCAUACAGUCCUGUCUGGAAUGCAGACGACGCAAGCUCAAGUGCGAUAAACAGUCACCAUGCACGAACUGUACCCGUUUCCGGCGCGCCUGCCUGUACCUGGCGCCGGCGACGGACCCUCAGAGCCAGCAGAAGUUGGCCGAGAUCAAGGAGAAGAUGGGUGCUCUGGAGGAGAACCUGGAGCGCGAAGUCGCCCAGAAGAGCCAAAAAGCGCACCUCGGAGGCGUGAGUGUCACGAAGCUCAGCGCUUCGGAGAUGAAGGGCUUGCCGGAAGCAGAAGAUGAUGAUGACGACGCCGAGGAGGACGAAGACAGACUCGAGCCUACUCCACUCGCCGACCGCGACAACGUGUACGAAGACAGUGUUGACGACGAGUUGAUGGAUUUGGGUGUGCAGAUGGUACGUUCUCCUCCAAUACAUUGACUCCGAGCCCAUGCGUUGCUAAUGCUGUUUCCCCCAGGGCAAGAUGCGUAUCUCAGAACGCAUAGGAGGCUGGCUACGACCGAAGCUCGUCGAAGAGCUCAGCGACACGCUGGAAGACGUCAAGGCAGGCAAAUUGAGAUGCUCCGCCGCACCAACCGCGCAAGACCAUCACAGCAUCCGGCCUGGAGAGUCCAAGCUGCAGGCUUCACCCAAGAGCUAUAUGGGUCCGGGCCCGGACUACAUUGCGCCCGCGAGCAGCUUCUUCUUUCCCGGGACGAACGCAAACGUCAAACUCAUCGACUAUUUGCCCGGCAAGAACGUGGCCGAUAGCUUGAUCCAACAGUAUUGGACGUCCGUCCACUAUCUGGCCAGAACGGUACGCGAUGAACAGUGAGUAGCCUCGACUGUAUACUGAUCACUGUGCUCUGCCUAGGUGCAUCGUCCCACGUUCGAGGCGCAGUACAUUCUCUUCUGGGGACAGAUUGGCGCUGGGCACGAUCCCACACCAUCGGUACAAGCCAUCAUGUUCGCGGCCAUGUUCUCCGCUGCAGUGAGCAUGACGAAUGAACAAACCAUGCGAGCAUUCGGAACUACCAAGAACGCGCUCGUUGACAGUCUCCGCUCUGGCACCGAGCUGGCGCUGGCUAAGGCAAACUUCCUGAGGACUACCAGGGUGGACACGAUGCAGGCCUUCACCAUGUACCUUAUCCCACUUGUGCGGUCAGAGGUAUCACGCGCCCACUCCGCCCUCGUAGGCACUGCGAUCCGACUCGCGGAGUGUAUGGGCCUUCAUCGAGACGGAACGUUAUACAACAUGAGUCCUACGGAGACGCAUGUGCGCCGCAUGAUCUGGCAUCAGCUGUGUUUCCUGGACAUGAGAACGUGCGAAGCGACGGGGCCGCGCCCGCAGAUCCGCACGGAGGACUACGAUACCCGCAUGCCGCUCAACGUGGACGACAACGACCUGUUGAAUCACGAUCCCCCCACAGAAGACAAGCCGGUCUGGACGGACAUGACCUUCUCACGCCUCCGAUUCGAGAACUCGGAGAAGCGUCGGCAGGUGUGGUACGAUAUUCUGCAGGUCGACCGGAAGAAGAAAUCCCUCACCUCGGUGUUGGUGAAGGUCCAACGGUAUCGCACGGCCAUGGAGGAGAAAUUCUGGCCGAUGAUUGAUAAUUCCCAGCCGUUUCAGGUCUUGGGACGGAUGGUCUAUGAGAUGGGUGCGAGGCAUCUACACCUGCAAGUCCUGCAUCGCUAUCUCUUCAGCACGACGCAGCGAAUGCCCGAUCGAUUGCGGCAGGUGCUGAUUGAGGCUGGGCUGGUGGUGAUGGAAUACUCGAUCGCCUUCGAGACGAACCCGGAAAUGCAAGCCUGGACGUGGUGUGAGUGUUAACCCCCUCUCCCUCCCCCCCACCAGCCAACCUGACUUCACCCUCGUGUAACACACACAAGACACUGACACUUCAUAUUUCGAAACACAGACCGCGGCGCUUUCAACCAAUACCACGCGGCCCUCCUGCUCAUGAUCGAAAUCUACGCAUAUCCCAUGCGCAAGGAAGCCGCGCGGAUCUGGAAAUGCCUCGAUUACAUCUUCGAGAUCCCGCCGCACCUCGCGCCGAAACAAAAAGCGGAACUGGUGCUCACCGAUCUGCGGGAUCGCAUGGAAGUGUACCGCCAGAUGCGCAAGGUGAAAGUUUCCAAUCAGAUGGAACAGCGCGUCGGGAGGGGGCAGCGGCAGAAGAGUGGUGGCGGUGGUGGUGGUGGUGGUAGUGGCGGUGGUGGGAGUGGUGUUAUCGAUGAGCUGGGACAGAUGAUGCCUGCUGUUGCUGCUGCGGCGGCGGCGGCGCAGGAUACGAAUGCCGCUGUGGCCGCGAUCAGCGGAGGCAUCUUAUUGCCACCGAUGCACUGUUCCCCCCCGCCGCCCUUGCGGGAGGACUCGAACAGUACCGCGAGCGAGAGCCGACAUGGGAGCCUCGGUGCCGCUCAACACGACGGCCAGAUGUCGUCGACGACAAUGGAUGAUAUUGACUGGGUGAGUCCUCCCCCUUUCCCAACAACAAAAAACCUUCUCACACUUCAUUCCCCCCCCAUCCAUGAGAAAAAAAACCCCCCUUUUCUUUUUCUUCUUCUUUUUUUUUAACGUGAAAAUGUCACCCAUCAUAGGCCGAUUUCGAGCGCGUCUUCCCCUCCGAAAUCUACACCGGCGACCUGAAUAUCCGCGACUUCAACAUGACGGAUUUCACCGGUUCGGAUUUCGCUUCGACUUCUUCCGCUUCCAACACCAACACGGAUCCCAACACCACCGCGGCGGCGCAUAUGCAGAAUCUAGGACUUGCGGCGGCGGCGGCGGCGGCUUCUUCUUCUUCGGCGUUUGGGAUUCCUGUUUCUGCUGCUGCUGAGAAUGCUGCUGCUGCUGCUGGCGCGGGCGCGGGCGGGGAUGAUGGCGGCGGCGGCACAGGGAGGAAUGAUCUGAGUGAUGUGCAGUUCACCCCGACGCUGAUUCCGAAUUUGAGGGGACAGUGGAGGGGUGGAGGAGGGGGAGGGGGUGGAUAUGCUGCGAGGAGGUGA